AUGCCGCUGGCGGGGAGGCAAGGGGGCACGGUGGCGGACGCGCGCGCGAACACCGUGGCUCCGAGGGGCUGCCGCCCCGUGACGAUCGAGAAGGGCAACCGCUUCGCGUCCAGGCUGGGCUGGAUCGACACGGCCUCCGCCGGGGCGCUCUCGUGCACGGUCGGCCAGGCCGUGAGGGUGCGGGGCCUCACGAGGCGGGCCGAGCUGAACGGCCUGGAGGGCCACGUCACUGACGACGAGCGGGACGCGCAGGGGCGCGUCCGCGUGCGUCUGGACCUCGCGGGCGGCGGUGCCAAGGAUCUCUGGGUGAGCCCGCUGCGCCUGGAGCAUGCGCUCCUGCGCGAGCGGGGGCCGGCCGUCUUCGCGGAGGACGCGCCGUGGCGCCCGCACCGCUCCGCGCUGUCGGCGUCGGCGCCGGCCCUUCCGGGGCAGAGCGACGUCGCCACCGCGGCGCCGCGGGCCGGCGGCCUGGAGCUCGGCUCGAUCCCCGCGCUGCCGUACCUGAAGGCGAUGCCGACGCUCUCGACCCCGAAGGGGCCGGGCCCUGGCCGGGAGGCGCACAAGAUCUCCAGCCAGGGGCGCGGCUACAGCCGCAGGCGGGACGGCGGCUUCUGCUACGGCCCCGUCCUCUGA